UUUCAAAAACCCUUCCCACCUUCCACACUUCUCUUUUCUCUUAGCAUCGUUCUUUAUCGUCUCAGGCCAAACCCUUUUACCAAAAAAGCUCUGUUUUGUCUUCUGCAGUUAAGCAGUUACUCAUAUACUGCUUUAUUGAAACGUUAAUUCUUUGGUAUUUGGAUGUGGGUUUUGAGUAAUCUUCAAGUGGAGUUUUGUCAUGUGUAGUUCGAAAUCAAGAGAGUAUGAUCAUUCAACUUUUAACGGCCAUCUGGUGCAACGUUACUGACAAAAUUUGUUAAGAGGUGAUAGUGUUUCUAAUCAGCCUGUCUUUCAGGGUGCUGAGAAAACAAAGUAGGAUUGCUAUUACUUUUUGGUGAGUUGAAGCAAUAGAAGGAAAGAUGCUGCAACACAAAAGAAGCCCUAUUUCCCUUGAGCAUAGCACCAGCCUCACAUCUCUUACACCAAAACGACUUAAGGCCGAUAUGUCUAUUUCCUCCAAGGAGAAGAAGGAGAAGUUUGGCGAACGAAUAGUAGCUCUCCAGCAGCUGGUGUCACCAUAUGGCAAGACAGAUACGGCUUCUGUUCUUUUUGAAGCAAUGGGAUACAUAAAAUUCCUCCAUGAACAAGUGAAGGUGUUGAGCGCACCAUACCUCGGAAGUAUGCCAAUGUCUAAGACACAGGAAUCACAACCUUGCAGCUUGAGAAGCAAAGGCUUAUGUCUUGUGCCAGCUUCAUAUACCGUUGGAGUAGUCAGCAGCAAUGGUGCUGAUAUUUGGGCUCCCAUUAAGACCUCACAAAAGUUCUAGAGAAUGAUAUCGGAUCAACUAUCGAUAGCAUCCCAUUUUAAGGUCUUGAAUUAAUAAUAACACAAAGCAUUUCCAAAAAAAGAAGCCGGAAAGAUGCAUUUUUCGACAUGGAGCUGCAGGUAUGGAUGAUUUUCCUGGCAGGGUGCACUUGAUUUUGUGGUUCAAACGUCUAAGGCUAACCUAUGGCUUGUACUUCUGAUAGAUACUAGUAGCGAGAUCUAAUUUGAGGGCUAAUAUAAGGAUAACAUGAACUAUGUAUCCAGGUGUUAACAGAAAUGUAUAUUGAUGAAAGCAAAGUUAUGUAGUGAUCUUAGCUGGAAAUGUAUCAAGGUUGGACUUGUAUUAUAUGAGAAGCGUUGAGAAACUCUAGAACAACUUAUUAAUUCAGGGACAAUAUUCUUAGGCACUGUCUUUUUUUUUUUGUUGUUGUUGUAAUGAUGUUCAUUUUGUUUAAAUUAUUUUUGCAUUCUUCUCCAAAGGAUGAUAUAAGAAUGA